UUUUUUAAUAUUUAUUUAUUUAUUAUGUAUACAAUAUUCUGUCUGUGUGUAUGUCUGCAGACCAGAAGAGGGCAGCAGACCUCAUUACAGAUGGUUGUGAGCCACCAUGUGGUUGCCGGGAAUUGAACUCAUGACCUUUGGAAGAGCAGGCAAUGCUCUUAACCACUGAGCCACCUCUCCAGCCCAAAGAGCCAACUCUUAUCUCAUUGAUUCUUUGUAUUGUUUUCUUUGUUUCUAUUUUGUUGAUUUUAGCUCUCAAUUUGAUUAUUUCCUGCUGUCUAGUUCUCUUGGGUGAGUUUUCUUCUUUGUGUUCUGAAGUUUUCAAAUGUUCUGUUAAUUCAUUUGUAGUGGAAUUUUUCCAGCUUCUUUAUGUAGGCAUUUAGUGCUACAAACUUUCCUCUUAACACUGCUUUCCUUGUGUCCCAUCAAUUUGGGUAUGUUGUGUGGUCAUUUUCAUUGAAUUUUAGGAAGUCUUUAAUUUCUCCCUUUAUUUCUUCCUUGACCCAUUGAUGAUUCAGGUGAGCAUUGUUUAAUUUCCACGUGUUUGUGGGCUUUCUGGAAUUAGUGUUGCUGUUGAAUUCUAGUUUUAAGUCAUGGUGAUCUGAUAAGAUACAUGGGGUUAUUCCUUUUUUUUAUUUGUGGAGGUUUGUUUUGUUACCGAGUAUGUGGUCAGUUUUUGAGAAGGUUCCAUGAGGUGCUGAGAAGAAGGUAUAUAUUUUUUUCUGUUUGGAUGAAAUAUUCUAUAGAUGUCUGUUAAGUCCAUUUGAAUAAUAACAUCUGUUAAUUCCCUUAUUUCUCUGUUCAUUUUUUUGUCUGAUUGACCUGUCCAGUGGUGAGAAUGGAGGGUUGAAGUCUUCCACUAUUAGUGUGUGGAGUUUAAUGUAUAAUUUAAGCUUUAGAGUGUUUCCUUUACAUAUGAGGGUGCCCUUGUAUCUGGGGCAUAGAAGUUCAGUAUUGAGAUUUUCUCUUGAUGGAUUUUUCCUGUGACUGUUAUGAAAUGUCAUUCUUUGUCUCUUUUGAUUGAUUUUAGUUUGAUAGCUAUUUUGUUAGAUAUUAGGAUAGCUACACCUGCUUGUUUCUUAGGUCCAUUUGAUUGGAAUUUUUUUUCUCAACCCUUUAUUCUGAGACGAUGUCUGUGUUUGAAGUUGAGAUAUGUUUCCUGUAUGCAGAAGGAUAGAUUUUUUUUCGUAUCCAAUCUGUUAGCCUAUGUCUUUUUAUAGGUGAGUUGAGUCCAUUUAUAUUAAUGGAUUUUAUGACCAGUGAUUGCGAUCUCCUGUUAAUUUAGUUUUCAUUGUAAUGGUGUUAAUUUGUGUAUUUUCCCCUUCUUUGGGAUUUGCUGCUAUGAGACCAUCAAUUGUCUGUGUUUUUGUUGAUGUAGUCAUCUUCCUUAGGUUGGAGAUUUCCUUCUAGUAUUUUGUGCAGGACUGAGUUUGUAGCUAAUUAUUUGUUAAAUCUGGUUUUGUCAUGGAAUAUCUUGUUUUGUUCUUCUAUAGUGAUUGAAAGUUUUGCUGAGUAUAGUAGUCUGGCCUGGCAUCUGUGGUCUCUUAAUGUCUGCAUAAUGCUUGACCUUCUGGCUUUCAUUGUUUCCAAUGAGAAGUCAGGUGUAAUUCUGACAGGUCUGCCUUUAUAUGCUACUUGGCUUUUGUCCUUUGCAGCUCUAAAUAUUCUUUCAUACUCUGUAUGUUUAGUGUUUUGAUUAUUAUGUGGUGAGGGGACUUUUUUAAUCUAGUCUCUUUGGUGUUGAGUAAGCUUCUUGUAUCUUCAUAGGCAUAUCUUUUUUUAGGUUGGGAACGGUUUCUUCUAUGAUUUUGUUAAAUUUAUUUUCUGUGCUUUUGAGUUGAAUUUCUUCUCCCUCUUCUAUACUUAUUAUUCUUAGUUUUGGCCUUUUCAUGGUGUCCCAUAUUUCCUGGAUAUUUUCGAUUAAGUUUUUGUUAGGUUUAAUGUUUUCUUUGACUGAUGAGUCUACUUCCUCUAUUGUAUGUUCAGCGCUUGAGAUUCUCUCUACCAUCUCUUGUAUUCUGUUGUUCAUGCUUGCAUUUGUGGUUCUUGAUCAUUGUCUCAUGAGUUCUGUUUCUACAAUUCCUUUGGCUUGCAUUUUCUUUAUUGUCUCUAUUUCAGUUUUCAAGACUUGAAUAGUUUCUUUCAAGUGUUUGAUUGCUUUUUCUUGGUGUUCUUUAAGGGAUUUGCUAAUGUCUUCCAAGUUUUUGUUUGUCUUUUCCUCCAUUUCUUUGAGGGAAUUUCUCAUUUUCUCUUUAAGAGUUUCAAACAUUCUUCUGAAGUUAUUUUUAGGUCAUUUUUUUCUGCUUCAUCUAUACUUGGUUGUUCAGGUCUUGCUGUUGUAGGGUCUUUAGGUUUUUACUGGUGUCGUGUUGUUCUUUGUGGUGUUGCUUGUGCUCUUACAUUUUCUACUCAUCUUUUCCUCUAAUAGGUGUGGUAGGGGCUGGCUGUGAUUCUGUUGAAUAAUCUUCUAGGUGUCAGUGAAUCCAAAACUCAGGUGGUUGUUUCUCAUGUUACAGUCAGUGCCACAGUUCUAGUUACCCCAUUGGUCACUCUGUGUUCCUAGAGAUCUCCCAGCACUCCCAGACUUUACUCCCCUCCCUUGGAUUUUACUGUCUCAGGCCUGCUCAAGCCUGGGUUGUUGGCUCAGACCUGUUUCUGUAAAUGUCCCUAGUCUGGGUCUCUUCCUGCAGAGGUCUCUGGCUUGGGGUUGGUCCUGUAAAGAACUCUGGCUCUGGUCUACUCCAUCAGAGUUCCCAGACUCAGGUGCACCCAGACCUACAGAGCUCCUGGCUCAGGCUUACUCCCUCAUGGGUCCCAGACUCACUCUCGGACCUGCAGAGGUUUUUGGUUCCUGCAUAUUCCCUUUGAUGUCCCAGACCAAGGCUUUCCAUCAGCAUAUAGAGCAUAUGAGAGCAUGCCCAGCUGAAUGGGUAACUUAAAGGCUACUGGCUGUAGGAAUUCCAACAGCAACUAGAUAAUUACAGCUUUACAAUUUUCCUUGUCACAAAAGAGAUUUAAAGUUCAUAAAGGUUGAGAAAUAUAAAACCAUAAGUUUUCUUUCUAAGAAAAUGUUUUAAGGUUUAAAAGAAUAUUUUUAGACUGGUAAUACAAAACUUCAUGAUAGGAAGUGAUUUAGGUAUAAAACUUUGGACUCAUCAAGAUAGGCUAGAUAAUAGAAUACCUUCUCCAAAGUUGCCAAAUACAAGUGGACUGGACAUUGGGUAUGUAAAUCUUACCUGAUAAUGGUUUUUAUUGUAUAUAGUUUAUUGAUGUUAGAGAAAGAGAAUUUUUUUGGGUUUCUAAAAGGGGAAAAUGUUGGAAUAAUCUUUCUAUAUACUGUGUGAAGAUGAAUCUCUCGCCUUCCUCAAUGAUUGGCUUAAUGAAGACCUGAAUGGCCAAUAGCUAGACAGAAGAGAUUAGGCAGGAUCUGGGCAGAGAUAGGAACUCUGAGAGAGAAUUGGAGGGACACAAGACUCUCCAGUCAGACAUGGAGAAUGUCAGGCUUAGGAUACUGAGGAGAGGAACAAGCUAUGUGACAGAUUGUAGAUUAAUACAAAUGCAUUGAUUUCAGCAUUAACAGCUAGUAGGGAACAAGCCUAAGCUAAGGUCAAACUUUCACAAUUUAUAAAAAGUCUCUGUGUUAUUAUACGGGAGCUGGCAGCCCACAGAUAGGUCUGUUACAUGUUCUCCUUACCUAUGAUCCCUUGCAACUCACGCACGUCCCAGGUAAGCAGAGGGGUUUGCUGUAUUCCAUAGAUGGCAUCUCUCUCUAUUGUCCCGUCUAUCUGUGUCUCCCCUUGGGAGUCACACCCAUUGUUCAAAUUCUGAUUGAUCUAUCAUGGCAUCUGUCUAGUAGAGGAAGUUCCUUGUUCGUCUAGCUGUACCAGACAGACAAUGACUUGGUCAUAACAAAGACUGACAUCCUCUUUCUCGAAAUAUGCAAAAUUGAGAAGUUGUCAAGGAAGUGAAUUAUUUAAAGGAAAUUCAAGCCGAGCUUCAAGUUCUUGCAGGUUGCUAGCUUCUGUCGCCACAAAGGACAGGAGAGAAGACAGGAUCAUGUGGCUGCUGACUGCUCUGCUCUUCUUCCUCGCAGGCUUCUCCACUGCUCAGGAUGGAAUCACAGGUCCAAACACGGUAAAUGGUCAUGAGCGGGGCUCCUUGACUGUGCAGUGCCGUUAUGACUCCUUCUGGAAGAAUUACAAGAAGUACUGGAGCCAAGGAGCUGAUUGGAAUACAUGUGAGAUUCUGGUUAAAACGGAUAUGGAGCAGUUGGUGAAGAAGGACCGUGUGUCCAUCAGGGAUGACCAGACAGACUUCAUCGUGACAGUGACCAUGGAGGAGCUGAGGAUAAGCGAUGGCGGCGUUUACUGGUGUGCAAUUGAAAAAGCUUUUAAUGAUCCAAAUUUUAAAGUUAAUGUGAACAUUGACCCAGGCUUCUCCACUGCUCAGGAUGGAAUCACAGGUCCAAACACGGUAAAUGGUCAUGAGCGGGGCUCCUUGACUGUGCAGUGCCGUUAUGACUCCUUCUGGAAGAAUUACUAGAAGUACUGGAGCCAAGGAGCUGAUUGGAAUACAUGUGAGAUUCUGGUUAAAACGGAUAUGGAGCAGUUGGUGAAGAAGGACCGUGUGUCCAUCAAGGAUGACCAGACAGACUUCAUCGUCACAGUGACCAUGGAGGAGCUGAGGAUAAGCGACAGCGGUGUUUACUGGUGUGCAAAUGAAAAAGCUUUUCAUGAUCCGAAUUUUAAAGUUAAUGUGAACAUUGACCCAGCCCCAGAAAUUUCAACUGAAAUAACAACAGUCGUGGUACCCAUUGUGACAACCACACCAUCAACCUGGGAGAACAUGAGCAACCAUGGAGAGAAUCAAACCAGCACCGUCACCUGGUCCCUGCUAAGCAGCAUCUACUUCAAGAUCCUGGUCUUUCUGGAGUUACCCCUGGUCCUGAGCAUGCUCAGUGCUGUCCUCUGGGUGAACAGACCUCAGAGGUGCUCUAGGGGAGGUGAAGUCGGCCUGGGGAAGGUCCAGAGUUCUGAUGCCGCGAACAGAGGGGAAACCUUCCAUGAAGAAGGAAAAUAAUCUCUCUCUCUUUGGUGUGUGUGUGUGUGUGAGAGAGAGAGAGAGAGAGAAUAUGUGUGUGCGCGCACACGCAUGUAUGCAUAUGUGUAUUUAGGGAACAAAGUCUGGAGUCAUUCCACUGAUGUCUGAGACAUAAUUUCUCAUGGGCCUGGUUUCAUACAGCUGGUUUCUACAGCUGGUUUCAGGUCAGCCAGGCAUACAUAGCUAGACCCUGUCUC